AUGACCUCUGCCGGACGUCUUGUAGGCCCACCCGCCGCACGAAAGAUUGCCAUAUCUGCCACCCAAAACCCCGCCGUAGCCUCCCAAAUUCAAAUAUGCAAACCACCGACCCACGAAACGUACUCUGGGAGACCACCGAUGGGUCUGACGGAAAACUUGUCUCCGACUUUUUUGUCGUCCGGGAACCCAUGCCUCGACUUCUUCUUCCACGUGGUGCCCGAUACCCCGGCGAAGGAUCUGAUUGAACGGCUGGAACUGGCGUGGGCGCACGAUGCCCUGACCACUCUGAAAUUGAUCUUCAAUCUGAGGGGUGUGAGAGGCACCGGGAAGUCCGAUAAAGAAGGCUUCUACGUCUCGGCUCUUUGGCUCCACAUAGUCCACCCCAAAACCCUGGCUCUCAACGUCAAGGCUCUUGCCGAUUUCGGGUACCUCAAGGAUUUGCCUGAAAUUCUCUAUCGGCUUCUCGAAGGCCCCGAGGUCAGAAAACUCGCAAAGGAAGCCUGGGAGGAGAGGAAGAAUUCAAAGGAUGGGAACAAAAUUUCGCGGGGAAGGAAAAGAUUUUUCAACAAAACGAAUUCCCGGAAAUUUAAGAGAGGGGGUGGUAUAUGGAAAAGGAGGGCUGUUUGGGAGGAGGAGGAGGAGAUGUUGGGGCAAUUGGAUAAGGUGGUGGCUAGGGCUUUAAGGAAAGAGUGGGAAGUUUCGCAGGCUGCAAAGGCUUUGAACAGGUAUAACAAUGACUCUGAUUACCGGUUCCUCUUCGAUUGCGUUUGCGAUGUGUUUGCAGAGCUUUUGAAAUCGGAUUUAGCGUUUUUGGGUGGUGGGGAGGUUCAUAAGAUUAGUCUUGCGGCAAAAUGGUGCCCGACCAUCGAUUCGUCGUACGACAAGUCAUUGUUGAUAUGCGAAGGGAUUGCGAGGCGUGUUUUCCCAAGAGAGUGUGAGGAACAGUACGGGGAGAUAAAGGAGGCGCAUUAUGCGUACAGGGUGAGAGAUAGAUUGAGGAAACAAGUUCUUGGUCCGUUGCAUAAGGCAUUGGAAUUGCCCGAGGUGUAUAUGAGUGCCAAUCGGUGGAAAUCGUUGCCAUAUAACAGGGUGGCGUCGGUGGCCAUGAAGACUUAUAAGGGGCUGUUUGAGAAGCACGAUCCUAAGAGGUUUCGGAGAUAUCUUGCCGAGGUGGAGAGUGGGAAGGCGAAGAUUGCCGCUGGGGCAUUGCUUCCCCACAAGAUUAUCCAGUCGCUGAAUUAUGAUGAGGAUGGUGGGAAGGUGGCAGAGCUUCAGUGGAAAAGAAUGGUUGGUGAUCUUGCCAAGAAAGGGAGGCUCAAGAAUUGCAUUGCGGUUUGUGAUGUUUCCGGGAGUAUGAGUGGGACUCCGUUGGAGGUGUGUGUGGCGCUGGGGCUGUUAGUUUCGGAGCUCAGUGAAGAGCCAUGGAAGGGAAAGGUGAUUACCUUUAGUGAGAACCCAGAGCUUCACUUGAUUGAAGGGGAUACUCUUCUUGACAAGACUGAAUUUAUAACGUACAUGGAUUGUUGUCUCAAUACAGACUUUCAGAAAGUUUUUGACCAAAUCUUGCAAGUUGCGGUGGAGGGCAAGUUGACAGAAGACCAACUGAUCAAGAGAGUGUUUGUUUUCAGUGAUAUGGAAUUUGAUGAGGCUUCAUCAGCUGACUCAUGGGAAACAGAUUACCAAGUUAUACAGAGGAAGUUCCGGGAGAAAGGAUACAACAAGGUGCCAGAGAUUGUGUUUUGGAACCUUCGUAACUCGUCCUCAACUCCGGUGGUCGCCAGCCAGAGUGGGGUGGCGCUUGUGAGUGGGUUUUCCAAGAAUAUGUUGACUUUGUUCUUGGAAGAAGGUGGGAUCGUUAAUUCUGAGGGUGUGAUGAGAUCAGCAAUCUCUGGUGAAGAGUACAAGAAACUUGCUGUGUAUGAUUGAUAUGUCAAUGUAG